AUGAAAUCUUGCGGCUUUCAAUAUACAGGAGAAGGCGACACGGCUCGAUGCACUCAAUGUGGUCUCAAAUUAUCUGAAUGGACUUUAGAGAGGGAUCCAUUUCAUAUUCAUGCAGAACGUAAUCCGCAUUGUUCAUUUGUUCAGUUACAGCAAUCAAAGUAUAAACCCAUACAGAAUGCUGAAGAAAAUCCGGCUAAAAGACGGAAACUAGAAUUCAAUAUCGAUAGUUUCACGAGACUGAACAAAUCUUUCGAGAUAAAUUCUCUUAAAAAAGCACGUCGACACACCUUUUCCGACUGCCUAGACGAAACACUACUCUUAGCAGAACAAAUGAUUAGGGCUGGUUUUUUCAAGUGCAGUGUUGGGGAUCGUGUUAUUUGUUUAUAUUGUAAUCUCAUUUGUCAAAAAUGGAAAGUUGAUAUAGAUGAUCCGGUUGAAGUUCACAAAAUUUUGUCACCAAAAUGUCCUUAUGUUUUAUAUGUGCUAGCCGAAGAGGAGCAUUCACCAACUUUGGUUGCGAACGAAUCUUCAACAGCUAAUAAUACUAAUCAAGCGUCCACAUCAAAUAAUACCAACCGACCUCAAUCAGAUCAAACUGUUCAUGCAUCACCAUUUAAUAGUAAUUAUGCCAGUAUUCCAAGUCGGCAAGCAACUUUUACAACAUGGAAACAUGAAUCAUCACCUUCAGUUGAUGACUUAGUUAACGCCGGUUUCUAUUAUAGUGACGUAAAAAAUAUGGUGCAAUGUUUUUAUUGCAACGGUUCAUUACAAACUUUGGGCGAAAAUGAUAAUCCACUAAUUGAGCACAUAAAAUGUUUUCCACACUGUUCAUACGCCAAGCAAUUAAGCGGCGAUGAGCUUUAUAACAAAGUUCAAAUUGCCAACAGCAUUCAACGAGAACCGGGGAAAUCUCAACUAUCGACAAACACAACAUCAGAGCCAUUGAAUACACAUCGUCAAAAACUGCAAGUAAUGGAUGAACAACUACUAUCACGUCUAGUUGCAGCUCGAUUGGAUUUGCCGAUAUCACAAAGACUACUGGAUCGAAAUUUUAAGUUAUCAAUCAUAAAACGUUGUUGGGAAGACCAACUCCGAUUGAAGCGCGAUGAUUUUGUAAACGAAUAUGAUCUAUUCAUCGCCUGCACCAUUCUUCAAAAACAAGUUGAACAUAUUAACGGAAAUAAAGAUAAUAUUAUUGUGCCAAGUAUUAAAAUGCAAUCAAUUAUUGAAGAAGGAAGAUCUGAUACAUUAAUUCAAGAGCAACCUGCCCCAAGUGUAACUGAAAUGGCAUCAACAAACAAUUCAGUAGCGAAAGCGAAUGAUGUAAUACAAACAGCGUCAUCGGUGGCCGAGUCGAAGAUUGUGUCAACCACACAUGCACAGAAUAAACCCAAAGAAAUCGUAUCAGAAACGAAAUUAUCAGUAAACAACCCGUGUAUUUUAUGUCGGAAAGAGGAGAAACGGCUUGCUUGUAUCCCUUGCGGUCAUUUAGCAGCUUGUGUCGAUUGUAGUAAAACUAUUCGCACAUGUCCCAUAUGCCGUAAGUGUAUCGAAGCUUUUGUUCGUGUAUAUAUUUAA